UUGAUAGCCCAACACAGUUGGCUCAACUCUGGUGUGGGGGUAGAGAGAGAGAUAGAGAGAACGAGGUGCGCAGGGUAAAUUCUGCGUGGAGAAAAAGAAGAAGAAACACAGGGCCCUUUUCUCCCUAGAUUCACCUGUGGACGGGAAUGAACAAACAGGCGAAGCAGAAGAUAAGGAACAAGCUUGUCACGGUUGUUAUCGCGAUUUAAUGCCUCAAGUUCUGCGCUCGUUCUCCAUCUCAACUGCAAGAAUUCCUCUCUCUUUCUCUCUCUCUCGCUCCACUUUAAUCUCUGUUAAACGCCACUCUGUCAGCUCUCGGGGAAGCUCAGUCUGAAUCUGGAGAGGAAGGGUGCAAGAAAUCACCCCUAAUACCUGCCCUGCAGGAGGAAGCAACAUCUUCAAAAGCUCCAUCAUUUUUCCUCCUCAGAUCUCUCCCAUUAUGACCUUGCUGGCAUCUGAGAGGUCGCUGCUCAUCCGCAAUAAGUUCCGCUCAGUUCUGCAGUUGAGAAUUCAGAAUCGCAGACAGCAAAAUGAACUCAAUGCAGAGUCUGGCACAAAGACUUCUGUCCCUGAUAAAGUUGGGGAGAAGAACGUCAACAAUGGAACGCAUAAGACAGAUGAUGGCACCGCUCAGAAGUCACCCCCUAGUGGCAUGACAGCUCAAUCUGUACCAGACAGGGGUUAUGGUGGUGCUCACAAGCAGAAGAAGGCUCGACUGGCUGAGGACCUGAGUGAAAAAAUCCAGAGACGGCCUGGACCACUUCAACUCCUGCAGAGGCAUAUUUUGCCUCUAGAGAACACUCCUUCACUGCCAUCAGACGUCUUUGAAGAUGACAACUGCUCUUCAUCCUCUGCAUCUCCCGAGCAACUCGGGAUGCACCAAUCACCUGGCUUCUCAUCAUCACCUGAGCUAGCAGGUGACCAGUCACUGAGUGAUAUGUCACCUGUUGCUACGCCCAUCAGCCCAAACAAUGUACAGCAGUGCAGGUUGGCGUUGCUCCCGGCAACCGAGUGCAUCAGCCAGCCAAUGACCAUGUCUGUAACAGGGUCAAACUCUAUAUCAACAACCGGGAAACCCAAAGGGAUGUACAUGCCCUCUCAGACUCCACCACUGCUGCCAAAGACAGCACAACCUCCAGCUCCACCAUCUCAUUCCAUUCUGGGUGGGUCCUUAACCUCAUCCCGCCCACCACGCCCACGAAAGCCUCGUGACUCAAAACCCAAAAUGAGAAAGCUGAAAUACCAUCAGUACAUUCCCCCAGAUCAAAGGGGUGGGACUGGGGGCGGAGCUGGGAACACUUCACAAAAGAGUAACAACAGUCAAACUCUGCCCACAGAUGCUUCUCAUUCCCACCUCCUGCAGCAACAGCAGGUCUUAUUACAACUACAAAUCCUUAACCACCAACAACAACUUACUGUGACAAACAGUGAGAACCAUGUGAAGCUUUCUGGAACCACACCUCAAAGCUCUCCUCAGCCUGGAACACCAUCAACAAACCCCUCCACCCCUAAUACAAGUCCCAUCCACCAGGCAGAGUUACUCCCGUCAAACCUUGACGACCUAACUGUGUCAGUGCUCCGUCAACAGUUGCGCAAACGUGGACUUCCAGUGUCUGGCACCAAACCUGCGCUUCUGGAAAGACUCCGCCCUUUCCAGAUGCCCCACCCCCAAUUAACUCCUGCGCCAGUUUGUCAGCUUGGGGUCACACUAGAACCCUCUCACCCUGCCAGCCUCAACGCUAUUCCCAACAGUGUGGACACCUCAGCUAACCCGACUCAGAUGUACAUCCAUCCCUCGGGUUUAGCAGAACAAAGCUUGGCUGGAGAUGGUUACCUCACUUCAUCUUCUGCUGGCUCCAGUCCCAGCUUACAUACAUCGUCCCCUCUAGUGCCAUCAGGUGCAACGUGGAGGCCAUGCCAGGAUGUAGAGGAGCUUAAUGUGGAGCUAGAAAUGAGGGAGAGGAUGAGGAGCAGACCAAGAGAAGGAGUAAAUGACACUCAGCUGUGUGGAGGUUCCCUGCAUCCAUUCCUGCAACAGGACCCUGGAUGCACCAGAGGAAAACCAGACACAUGUGGACAGGAAGCGCUCCUUAAGUACUGCAUUGGUGAUGGGAAGGUGAACUGCUGUCAGCUUUGCGAUGCGAUUGGUCAAGAUUUUGAUUUGCCCAUGCAAAUCACAGCUAGUCCAGCACAGGCCUCUCCGACUGUUCGUAGUUUAGAGGAGGAGCUACAGGAGGCUAUUCAGAGAGUGCAGAUGGACCCUACUCAAUCCAUAGAUGACAUUCUGGAGGAGACUAUUGGUUGCUCAGAUAACACUUCUCUCAUCACAGAUCUCCAAUCAGCCACUACAGUCCUGUCGGGCUCCUCCCCCACCCCACACCUUGACCAGUCACAGUCCACCAAGCGCCAGAAAGACGACAACUUUCUGUCCUCUCCGCUGUGCUCCUCGCUUCUUCUGGAGCUUCCUCCUUCACCUAACAACGCAUCACCCGUUGGUUCAACCCCAGCUCCUCUCCCUCCUCCUCCAAUAUGCACCACACCACCAUCCAACUCACUGUCCAGGAAAAGAAGGUCAGAGGUUCCUGCUUUUGACCCUGCCGAUUGGCUGGAGUCUUUGACUUCUGGCCUACACCCUCUCACACCUCCUGCCGCCCCAUUUCUUGAGAGCGACUUCGGGCUUGACUCAGAUCUGAACGUCAACAGAGUCCUCGACUUGAUGUGGAGCAGUGGUGAGGAAAGGGCUAAGUGUGUGUCUGUAUGUGCGUGUGUCUAAUUGGAUGCAUGAUUGGAAAUUAACCACCUUUCAGAUUACGUACCCAGGAGAGGGGACCCCUCACCCUCUCGUUCCUUCUUCCAUUUUUGCAUCCAUCCAUCUCUGUCAACUGAUGUGACCAAACAGACCUGACUAGUGUUGACUGCGAAGCUCUUCUCCACGCAACGUCGAGAGAAAGAGAUGAGGGAAAAAUGGAAAUAUAUAGAGAGAGAUGGUUUGGUACCUUGUUCAGAAAGAUCUGCGAAUCUUUGAGCAUGUGCACAUACACCACACCCUCACUACAACUUGUAUUGUUUUUAAAAAAAGAUAAAAUAAAUAUAAAAAUAAAUAUAUUAUGCAAAAAAAUCAGGUUUUCCCGUUGGUUUGCCUCUUGCCGUAUUGCCAGACAAAGUGUCGGCAUAUGGUAACUGUGUGGAGCACCGGGAACUUCAAAACAAUCGUUGUGUGUUCGUGCAGGGAAGUGUAUGCGCUCCCUGUGUGUGUGACUAUGCUUCUGCUGGCUGCUUUAACUGUGUGUGUGUACGUGUUGGCAUAUUUGCCAGCAUAUUCUGUAUAGAUAAUUUCAAUGCACCAUAAAUCAGGUGCCUAAAGCACCCAAAUGCACUUGUUUCUGUUUA